AUGCUGAUGUUGGUGUAUGCUCGUCGUCAAACGACACCGUUCGAAUCGGUUCGACCAGAAGAUCUGAAUCGUGAUAAUCUCCGACCGUAUGCCAUCGAAGGUGGAGGUGAAGCGGACAAUGAUCAGUACUCGAUAGCAAAUCUACGGAAACCAGUAAUGCCAAUAGAAGGUAACGGCAUAAUGGGCCCACCGGCACCGAUGUACACCCGACCGCCGAUUGAUGACAGGUUGCGAUCUCAACUACAUGAUCUUGAAUCGGAUCAAAAUGCGGCUCCAUUUGAUGAAAUUCGAAUCUACGAAGAUGAAAAGGACACGGUAUCGGUGGUGACGUUGGAGUCUCUCGGCUCUAUACCGGACACAGAGCGACAACCUGCCACAUGGGAGCAGCGCUUCACGUCGUGA